AUUUAGACAAGCCGGUCUGUAUCCACGGCAACAGAAGCAGGAGUGACUGGCCUCCAGAUCACUGAGGGUCCCACAAUGUGGUCUGGGUUGUGAUUUAUCCUGGGUGAGGCAGCUUGAGCCCCCAUCCUGGAUUCCAAGACAUCCCUGCUGAGAGAGCCCAGGUACAGCACAGCAGGACAACUGAUGGAGCCCACCGAGGCCCAUCGCGUACCAGACUGGCUGACCCCAUAGGGUUGGCAGUAGCCCUUACCCCUCACUAUGGCCAACACCACCGGAGAGCCCGAGGAGGUGAGCGGUUCACUGUCCCCACCAUCAGCAUCGGCUUAUGUGAAGCUAGUGCUGCUGGGACUGAUCAUGUGUGUGAGCCUGGCAGGCAACACUAUCUUGUCCCUGCUGGUGCUCAAGGAGCGUGCCCUGCACAAGGCUCCUUACUACUUUCUGUUGGACUUGUGCCUGGCUGAUGGCAUACGCUCUGCCGUCUGCUUCCCUUUUGUGCUGGCUUCUGUGCGUCACGGCUCCUCGUGGACCUUCAGUGCACUCAGCUGUAAGAUUGUGGCCUUUAUGGCUGUGCUCUUUUGUUUCCAUGCGGCCUUUAUGCUGUUCUGCAUCAGUGUCACCCGCUACAUGGCCAUUGCCCACCACCGCUUCUAUGCCAAGCGCAUGACACUCUGGACAUGUGCAGCUGUCAUCUGCAUGGCCUGGACCCUGUCUGUGGCCAUGGCCUUCCCACCUGUCUUCGAUGUGGGCACCUACAAGUUUAUCCAGGAGGAAGACCAAUGCAUCUUUGAGCAUCGCUACUUCAAGGCCAAUGACACACUGGGCUUCAUGCUUAUGUUGGCUGUGCUUAUGGCAGCCACACAUGCUGUCUAUGGCAAGUUGCUCCUCUUCGAGUAUCGUCACCGCAAGAUGAAGCCAGUGCAGAUGGUACCAGCCAUCAGCCAGAACUGGACAUUCCAUGGCCCUGGGGCCACAGGCCAGGCUGCUGCCAACUGGAUCGCUGGCUUUGGCCGUGGGCCCAUGCCACCAACCCUGCUGGGUAUCCGGCAGAAUGGGCAUGCAGCCAGCCGGCGGCUGCUAGGCAUGGACGAGGUCAAGGGUGAAAAGCAGCUGGGCCGUAUGUUCUACGCAAUCACACUGCUCUUCCUGCUCCUCUGGUCACCCUACAUUGUGGCCUGCUACUGGCGAGUGUUUGUGAAAGCCUGCACCGUGCCCCACCGCUACUUGGCCACUGCUGUUUGGAUGAGCUUCGCCCAGGCUGCUGUCAACCCGAUUGUCUGCUUCCUGCUCAACAAGGACCUCAAGAAGUGCCUGAGGACUCACACCCCAUGCUGGGGCACAGGAGGUGCCCCUGCUCCCAGAGAACCCUACUGUGUCAUGUGAAGCAAGCUGGUAGGCAGACAAGCAGGGAGAAAGUCAAGGCCACCAUAAUGGGGCUAAUAGCAAGGGAGAGAGGUGAGGCCCCACAUAGGAGCCUUCCUUUCUGAGCCCCAACUUCAGACCCCCAAACCAUCCUUAAUCUAGGCACCCUUGCCACCACCUUCCCGGGGGGGAUUGGGCAGGGGACUUGGAAAGAGGCAUUUAUAGUUUUGUAGGGCCUGCCUCUGCUGUCUCCUUCUACACUUCUACAAUCUCAUAUUCUCUCUCUCUCUCUCUCUUUCUCUCCCUUACUCUUUUUCUCUCAGAAAUGACAAUUCA